CUCAUGCACAACAGUUCUCCCGCGUCUCCUCCUCGCCUGUGAUUUCGAUUGCGAAACCGAAGAGUAUAGAAGCGGCAUGGGGACCCCCAAGCUUGGGUUCAUCCCCAGCAUGAGGGAGAGGGUGGAGGACACCCUGUCUGCCUACCGCAACGUGCUCGUCUCCCUUCUGUCCAGGUACGUGAGCCAGGGGAAGGGGCUGCUGCAGCCCCACCACCUCCUCGACGCCCUCGCCACCCUCGGGGACGACGCCCGCACCAAACUCUCCGAAGGUCCCUUCUCCGACGUCCUCAAGUCCGCCCAGGAAGCUGUAGUUCUGCCACCAUUCGUGGCGAUUGCCGUCCGCCCCAGGCCUGGUAUAUGGGAAUAUGUCCGGGUUAAUGUCCAUGAGCUUAGCGUCGAGCAGCUGAGUGUGUCGGAGUAUCUUCAGUUCAAGGAAGAGCUAGAAGAUGAAUGGUCUAACGAUCGUUACGUGUUGGAGCUGGACUUCGAACCAUUCAAUGCUUCAUUCCCACGGCCAAUCCAGUCAUUGUCAAUCGGCAAUGGCGUUCAGUUCCUGAACCGACAUCUUUCAUCCAUUAUGUUCCAUAACAAGGAUUGCUUGGAGCCUCUGCUUAACUUCCUCCGUGCCCACAAGUAUAAGGAUCAUGUCAUGAUGUUGAAUGAUAGGAUACAAAGCAUGUCCAGGCUUCAGUCUGUUCUGACCAAGGCCGAUGAAUAUUUGUCUAUGGUUCCACCAGAGACUCCAUUCUCUGAGUUUGCUUAUGUGUUUCAAAAGAUGGGUUUGGAGAGAGGCUGGGGUGACACGGCUCGACGUGUUCUGGAAAUGAUUCACCUUCUUCUGGACAUCCUUCAGGCUCCUGAUCCUUCCACUCUGGAGAUGUUUCUAGGGAGGAUUCCCAUGGUGUUCAAUGUUGUAAUUCUUUCACCCCAUGGGUACUUUAGCCAAGCUAAUGUAUUAGGCUUACCGGACACCGGAGGGCAGGUUGUCUACAUACUGGAUCAAGUUCGUGCAUUGGAAAAUGAGAUGCUUUUGAGAAUAAAGAAACAAGGGCUGGAUAUUUAUCCUAAAAUCCUCAUUGUUACCAGGCUCAUACCUGAUGCAAAAGGGACAACAUGCAAUCAACGGCUUGAAAGAAUCAGUGGAACACAACAUACUUGGAUCUUGCGGGUGCCUUUUAAAACUGAAAAGGGAAUUCUUAAGAAAUGGAUUUCAAGAUUUGAUGUAUGGCCUUACUUGGAGAAGUUUGCUGAGGAUGCAGCAAGUGAAAUUGCUGCAGAGUUACAUGGUGCUCCAGAUCUAAUUAUUGGAAAUUAUAGUGAUGGAAAUCUUGUUGCCUCUUUGUUAUCUUAUAAACUUGGAAUUACCCAGUGCAACAUUGCUCAUGCACUGGAAAAGACAAAAUAUCCCGAUUCAGAUAUAUAUUGGAAGAAGUAUGAGGACAAGUACCAUUUUUCAUGCCAGUUCACUGCUGAUCUAAUUGCCAUGAAUAAUGCAGAUUUUAUAAUCACUAGCACCUACCAAGAAAUUGCUGGAAGCAAUAAUGCAGUCGGACAGUAUGAGAGCCAUACUGCUUUCACUCUACCUGGUUUAUAUCGUGUUGUCCAUGGAAUUGAUGUUUUUGAUCCAAAGUUCAAUAUAGUCUCCCCUGGAGUGGAUAUGGGUAUUUACUUUCCAUACUCAGAGAAGGAAAGAAGGCUUACUUGUCUUCAUGGUUCAAUCAAAAAAUUGCUUUAUGAUCAAGAGCAAUGUGAUGAACACAUUGGUUGGUUGGAUGACCGAUCGAAGCCCAUUAUCUUCUCAAUGGCAAGGCUUGACCGAGUGAAAAACAUUACAGGCUUGGUUGAGUUGUUCGGAAAGAGCGAAAAACUAAGAGAGUUGGUAAAUCUUGUUGUAGUUGCUGGUCACAAUGAUGUAAAGAAAUCCAAUGGCACAGAAGAAAUCCAAGAGAUUGAGAAGAUGCACCAACUCAUAAGAACCUACAACUUGUUUGGCCAGUUCCACUGGAUUUCUUCACAAAUGAACAGGGCAAGAAACGGUGAGCUUUAUCGCUACAUAGCUGAUACCCGUGGAGCUUUCGUUCAGCCAGCUUUCUAUGAAGCUUUUGGCCUCACUCUGGUGGAGGCCUCAACUUUCGGUCUCCCAACAUUUGCUACUUGUCAUGGAGGUCCUGCAGAAAUUAUCGAGCAUGGGGUAUCAGGUUUCCAUAUAGAUCCACAUCAUCCUGAUAAAGCUGCUGCACUCAUGGUUGAGUUUUUUGAACAUUGCAAAGAAGAUGCUGACUACUGGAAUAGCAUAUCCAAAGGAGGAUCGAGUCGAAUCUAUGAGAGGUAUACAUGGAAGAUCUAUUCGGAAAGAUUAAUGACACUGGCUGGGGUUUAUGGCUUCUGGAAAUAUGUGUCCAAGCUUGAAAGGCGCGAGGCGCGGCGCUAUCUUGAGAUGUUCUACAUAGUACAAUUCAGAGAGCUGGUGAAAUCUGUCCCUCUUGCAGUUGAUGAGCACUGAUGUUGUUUGCUAAUUUCCAAUAAACAUGCCUCUGUCACCAAAUUUGGCUGUCGAUAGAUGAUUCACCAAAAGCUGCAAAGCAUUCGAGUGAAUUUAAAUUUUGAUGGUCAUUAUAUCGAGCAGCUCUUUUGCUUUUGAUCACUAGUAAUGCUUCCAAUAAGCUCUCUAAGAUAUGUUAGAUUGAGGCUGAAGUUACCAGGUUGCUUACGUACCUUUUGCUGCUUGACAUAGAUAUAUGAUCUUGUGAUAGAUUCCUGAAAUCUUAAUUAGAUUCGGUGAGCUUUCCAUCCUCGAGAAACCUCUAUGUAAAGGUGGUCUAUUCUUCUCUCGCCACGUCAUCUUCUCCUGUGUCGUGGUAGCUUCUUGUGCAACACACGUGCUCCGCUUCGCUUGCCACGUGUCACGUCUUAUGACCGAUCGCUCACAAACGCGUUUAAAUCCAAUCGACAUCUCUCCCGCAGUCUCCGAGGAGCGCUCGAGAAGCCUAAAGAAGACGGCGGCGAAGAUGCAGCACGUAGAGAGGAUCCGAUCCGUUCACGUCCUCCCCGCCUGUCGCACAUCCCUUCUCCCUCUUGUACGUGCUUGUUUCUCCUCCACCACCGCCCGCACCGCUGACACCGCCGUGCAUUCCGAAGACCCUCAGGGUGAUGAUGCUGAAGAGGCGGCAAAGGCAGCAGCAGCUGCGGAGAAGCAGAGGAAGGAACGUAAGGAGGAAGACACGGAACUGCCUCAUAGCCUCAGCGACAAGAUCCCGCCGUUUGCUCCGUCUCCCAAGCUCGAGAGCCACGAGGUUGUCCCGCCGGGGGCGCCAUCCCUGCAGCAGAAGCGCCGGCUCUCGCACCAGCCCGAGCCCGUAGUCUUCGCCGACGUGUCCUGUGUCGGCCCCGACGGCACACCUCUUCACUGAGAACAGCAGAAAGAGGAGGAGGAGGACUACAAGGAGUACUACAAGCAUCAUAAGCCGUCGCCGCUGGCGGAGAUAGAGUUCGCGGACACGAGGAAGCCGAUAACCCGGGCGACAGACAGCGGAGCGAGCUACGACAUGGAAUGAUGGUGGAGGAGACGGUGAAUGAGGCAUUGGCACGGGCGGAGGCCAUGUUUAGGGAGAGGGCCAUGACGGGCGACCCCGACUUGCCUCAUUCCAGGGCUCUCAGGAGAAUGCUUUGGGAGAUGGCCCGACGUGUGCAUGGCUCCGCUGGGCUUGAAAGUAUGUAGUGUGAGAGCUCUACAUUGUGGCUUCUAAUGGAAAUGAUGUUACU